AUGAAAACAGACUAGUUAAAUUACUAACCAGUAUACGGCAAUGAAUAAGCUCAAAGCAUUUUCAUGGCUUAGAGUUAGUAAGAACAGAUCAGCUAAGAUGAUAGAAUCAAAGACGUUUGGAUAGAUAACUUUUUUGAAGAAAUGGAAAACAUUUCAAGACAAAUUGAAAAUUACAAUUAUAUAUCGAUGGACACUGAAUACCCAGGCACUGUUUUUCUGCCCCCUGAUGAGUUUGAGUACCAAAUGGUCAAGGUCAAUGUGAACAAUUUGAAGCUUAUACAGGUGGGUAUUACCCUCUCAGAUUCAAAUGGUGCUGUUCCAUCUGGAGUCUGCUCUUGGCAAUUUAACCUAUUCUACGACAUAAGUCAAGAGCAGUAUUAUGCUAAGGAAUCUAUGGACUUGCUAAAACGAUCAGGAUUUGAUUUUGAGAAGCAUAAGACAAAGGGAAUUAGGCACUCGAAAUUCGGAGAAUAUCUGAUGAGUAGUGGUCUAUGCCUUAAUCCUGAUGUACACUGGAUCACCUUUCAUGGUGGAGUAGAUUUUGGCUAUAUGCUAAAAGUACUAAUGGAUACAGAAUUACCGAGUGAUGAAUCAUCAUUCUUCCAGAUGAUGAAUAUCUAUUUCAUAAACUACUAUGAUAUAAAAGAGGUAAAGAGAGAUAUUGAUUUCUUAUCAGGAGGUCUAAGUAAGAUUGCUAAAGAACUAGAUAUUGAGAGGAUAGGAACAAUGCAUUAAGCAGGCAGUGACUCUUUAGUAACCAGCAGAGUAUUCUUUAAGCUGAAGGAUCUCUUAAAGAAAUGGUGGCCAAGCCAAGAUACUCCCUCAAUAGAAUAAAGAUUUUAGGGUAUCAUAUAUGGCUUAGGACCAUCUGUAAAUGAGGAUAUCUAUAUCGAAGAAUACAGAUCAUUAGCAACUGAAUACUCAAAUGGUUAAGGUAAACUGAUCAACAUGAAUAAUAUUGGAGGAUAAUAGAUCUCUAAUAAUUAAUUUGGAGAAAUGCUCUCCUCAUCCUCUACUACAAUUUCAACAUGUGAUUCUAUCAAUAGUCUUAGUGGGGCGAUGCAUCACAAUAACCAAGUUAUAAAUCAAUAGCACUAUCUGCUAAUGCAAUAACAAUAAGAAUUAGCCAAGUAACAAAAUAACCUGAAUGAGGAUGAUUAUAGUCACUUCUAUAGAAAUAAUUUGCCGACUUCACACAUAAAUCAUUUAGAAUUAAUGCAAUAACAAUAAUAAAAACAAGCAGCCUAUUAUGGCUAUCUAUAGAAUAACGCCCCAGCAUUUGUGCCAACACACAUACAAUAAAAUCAGCAUUUAAUAAAUAGUAAUACUCCUAGUGGACAGGGUAUGUUCUACGAAAGAUAUGGUUCCCCGCCAGCUCCAACGGGAAUCUCACCUCUCUUAAUGUAGACCCCACUACUAUACUUCUAGCCUAAUGUUAUAAAUGGAAAAGGCUCUUAUUAAUGA